AACAGCCCCUAGUCCCUUUCCUGCCCCCUGAGCUGCCCUGUCCCCUGCCCUGGGGCCAGGUCGGAGCUGGCUGCUGGGGGGUGGAGCCAUCCCAGGAACCAGUGGCCCAGAGCUCUCGUGGCAGGUCCCUGGUAUGAUGGGUUUCCCCCUGGGCUGCCAGCUGGAACUGGGGUGCCACUGAGCCCCCGACCCACCAGCCUGGGCUCCCUCUCGCACUGUGCUGCUGUGACAAGCUGCAAAGCCCCCCAGUCUGCACCUUCACCAGCAUUUGCACAGGUUGGGACACACCCAGCUGCAGCCACAUGCAGGCUCUCUAACCAGCAGCCUCCCAGCCUAGGACCCCAGAGCAGUCCCAUCCUGCUCUGGUCAAAUCUUGCCAGUAUAUGGGUGUAACACCCAGUCCCCCUCACCCUCAAUGGGAUGAGGACCAUUCACACUUGUGGUAACCAUGCUGAGAUUUUUUCCCCACACACCCUAGUCAAACGCAUACUGGUUUGGAUUAAAACAUGACAUAAGUUUAUUAGCUACAAAAGGAUAGAUUUUAAGAUAUUAUAAGUGAGAGCGAACAGAACAAAGCAGGUCACCUAGCAAGUAAACAAAAACGCAAACAGUUUAAUGCACUAGACAGGUAGGAGAUGAAUUAGCAAAUUCUCACCCUGAGCAAUAAACAAGCUGGCAAAUUCUUAAGGCACAAGCUACCUUGUCUUUGCAGUUUGGGUGUCCCAGGUUUUCAUACACAGGCUAGAAAUCCCUUAGCCUGGGACCAUCCCUUCCCCCGUUCAGUCCUUGCCCCUCGGGUGUUUCCAGGUGUGGAGUUGCAGAGAGAGGGAGGGUGACACAUGAUGUCAUUUCCCCCUUUUUCUAUCUUCUCCCCACUUGCUGGAAAGCUCUUUUGCUGUGCCCUGGGUCAAACAGCUCCCAUUGUGCAGAGCUAUCUCUGAGAGGUUUCUAUUGCACACAGUCCCUGGGGUAAUCCUGGUGCUUUGGUGCAUUUCCUCAGAAAGCCAUUAACAGCGUUUGGCCUUUUUAGGUUGUUCCGGAAAGGCUACUUGUAGGUGUUUUCAACCUCACAACGUGUUUCAGUAACUCCCACAAAUAGCCAAACCUAUAACUUCCCACACGAAGACCAUGCAGACACGCCAACGAGAUACGACGGUCUCGCAGAUCAAGACUUUUAGAAUGACCCCUCACAAGGCUACGCCCGGAUCCUUCUCCUCUUCCUCGCCUUUUAUUUCAUGCCGAGCGACCCCGGCCCGGCUGCCGCCUCCUACCUGCUCAGCGGCCUGCUGGACGCGUUUGACGGCCACGCGGCCCGCGCCCUCAACCAAGGGACCCGGUUUGGCGCCAUGCUGGACAUGCUGACCGAUCGCUGCGCCACCAUGUGCCUGCUGGUGAACCUGGCGCUGCUGGACCCGCCCCGCGCCCUCCUCUACCAGCUCGGCAUGAGCCUGGACGUCGCCAGCCACUGGCUGCAUCUGCACAGCUCCGUGGUUCAGGGCAGUGACAGUCACAAGAGCAUCGACCUGACAGGGAACCCAGUGCUGCGGGUGUAUUACACCUCCCGGCCUGUCCUCUUCACCAUGUGUGCAGGGAACGAGCUCUUCUACUGCAUGCUGUACCUGCUGCACUUCACUGAGGGACCUGCAGUGCUCCCCGGACGCCUGGGUCUUUUCCGUCUCAUCCUCUGGGUCUCCACCCCCGUCGCCGCCCUCAAGUCCCUCAUCAGCCUGGUGCAGCUCGUCUCUGCCUCCUGCAAUAUGGCCGCCCUGGACGCGGCCGAGCGGGCCAAGAAGAAGUAGUGGGGGGGGGGGGAGGCCGGCAGAGACACCUUCCCUCCCAUGGGACCAGACCCCCCCCCCGGGUGAAGCUCCCCUCGAUUGGUUAGAAACGCACCAAUCAGUGCUGGGUGCUUGUGGCGCGGGCGUGACGUGUUUCCCACAAUGCUUUGCAGGGGGUGUGAAAGUCAUGCCAAGAGCGUAGCCUACGCCCCCCUCUCCCACGAUGCCUUGGGGCCUCCGGGGACCAAUUUUAUCCCACAGGCCCGUUUCCCACCAUGCUCUGCAGUGCGCCCCAGGCAUUGAUUGUGUGGGGGACGUCACUUCGGCCUCCCCGUUUCCCACAAUGCAUGGCGGCCUGUGGGCUGUGGUUUAUUCCAGCGCCCUUGGCUUCCCAUGAUGCUUUGUGCUUGUUUGGGCGGUGACUGUAUUUAUACCUGAGCCCCCCGCUUGCCCACAAUGCUGUGAGGGUGAGUGUUUGGGGUUAUUCACAAGGCUCCUGAUCCAUUGCCCAUCAUGCUUUGCACUCCUGCAGAAGCCAUAUUGGUUCCUCCUCCUGUUCCCAUGAUGCUUUGCCCUGGGGCAAUCACUCCAUGGGGGGAUAACUAUGGGGGAGGGGUCCCCUUUCCAGAUCCCCCAUGGCUCCUUUUCCUUCCCACAAGGCUUUGUGCCCCUCAGCUUGGCGUGAGGGUGGCCAUGUUUUUUUGCCCGUUCUGCUCUCCCCUGAGUGCGGAUGCCUCACUGCCCCCAGCGAGGGGGGGGUGUCAUUCCUCAUCUGCCCCCACCCAGGGGAGCCCAGGCCCAUGCCCCCUGCCCCCCAGCAGACGGCCGCUUCCCCUGCGUAAGCGUCUCCGUGUGUGUGUGUGUGGUGGAUGUUCGACUCCGCUGGGCCUCGACCCUGCCCCCCGGGGGUCAGGGGGUAACUGACCCUGCUGUGGGGAGGGGUCCCAGCUACAAUAAAGAGCAGGCCAUCAA